AUGGAGACGGUGGUCGAUAAGGAGAUUCUCAAGUCUGCCGGGGCAGAGCUUCUUCCCGAAGGACGGCGAGGUUUGCGCAUCCAUGGCUGGGAGAUCGAAACCAUCCGUGGCACGAUUCUCACUUCCCUCGCUGUCGAAGAGUGGGAAGAAAAGCUUAAGACUUCUCACUUACCGGAAAUGGUGUUUGGAGAGAAUGCGUUAGUCCUGAAACACUUGAGUAGCAACACUAAGAUUCAUUUCAAUGCAUUUGACGCUUUAGCGGGUUGGAAGCAAGAAGGGCUUCCACCAGUUGAAGUUCCUGCUGCAGAAAAAUGGAAAUUCAGGAGCAAGCCGUCACAGCAGGUGAUAUUAGAUUAUGAUUACACUUUUACAACUCCAUACCGUGGAAGUGAAGCCGUUGAGAAAGACCGAGAGGAGGCUGUGGCAAAAGAGGGGGAAGCUAGUCUUCAGUGGGAGGACUGUGAAGAGCAGAUCGAUUUGGCUGCUCUCUCACUUAAAGAACCUAUUCUCUUCUAUGAUGAGGUCGUUUUGUAUGAAGAUGAACUGGCUGACAAUGGAGUGUCACUUCUUACUGUGAAAGUGAGAGUCAUGCCAAGUUCAUGGUUCCUCCUCUUACGAUUCUGGCUUAGAGUUGAUGGUGUGCUUAUGAGAUUGAGAGAGACGAGAAUGCACUAUGUGUUUGGUAAAGGUGAGACACCCACUGUUCUUCGUGAAAGCUGUUGGAGAGAAGCAACAUUUCAGUCUCUAUCUGCGAAAGGGUAUCCAGUUGAUCUAGCAGUCUAUAGCGAUCCAAGCUCUAUAAGUCAAAGGCUUCCGGUGAUUAAGAAGAUGACACAGAAGUUGAAGAUCCCUCGUAAAGUGUAA